CUCAAGCGCCGAGUUUCCGAUGGCUACGACGGCAGAGUUCUCCGGCAAUGUUUCUCCACGAACAUCGGGCGCGUCUCCCCAGCAGCGUCCCCCGAAUGUUCUUUCUCCCCAGAAGUUCCCUCACCCUGCUGCUCUUCGUGAGGCUGAAGACUCCAGCGCCGAUUUUCGGGUUGCUGCGCCGAUUGCUUCCGCUCCGACAUCAGACAAAGGAGCCCUCAAUCUCCCCUUGGUUUCUGCAAAUUUUGAACAACAUUUCAAACCCUCGAAUGGGGUUUCUAAGCAAAACUUUCAAGUUAAUCUCAGGAGCACGGUGGAUGUCCCUGCUGCACCUGUUUCUGUGAAUUCAACUGAACAACAGAACGUUUCAUACGCUCGGAUUACUGCCCCUCCAACGGUUCGACAGCCGGAUUUACCAGCGCAUAAUUUUCGUGCCCUCCGUCCGGUUAGGCAUGGUGAUCAAGGCGAUAAGCCGAGGCAAUCUCGUGAGUUAAAGGCGGAACUUCAAUCGCUUUGGAAAAUUUCUUCUCCCUGGCACUUGAUGCCUAUGGGAAAGGGUUACUAUACUCUUAGAUUUCAGUCGCAAGAGGAUAAAGCCACUGCCAAAGCUAAUCUUUUAUGGAAUUUAUCUGUUGGAUCGCUUCGGUUACGUGAUUGGGUACGUUACUUUAAUCCCUACAAGGAAUCUUCUUCUCUCGCUCAGGUGUGGGUUCGGAUUUAUUAUUUGCCUGUGGAGUUUUGGCAUCCUGAAAUUAUUUCGGGUAUUGGAAGUUGGCUUGGACAGCCGCUGAAAAUUGAUGGAAAUUCUUUGACUGAAGAUGUAGGACACUUUGUGCGUAUGUUGGUUGAAAUUGAUUUGGCACAGCUUUUGCCGAUGAAGCUUAAUAUUGAUGGAGGGGACAACGAGUUUUCAGUGGAGUUCAGUUAUGAAUAUAUACCUAUUUUUUGUCAUCGAUGCAAGAUUACGGGCCAUUCGAUGGAGAAAUGUCGCAAGGGUGACAAAUCACAGGGAAAGACAACAGAUGAGGUGGAAAAGAGGGACAACGGACCGGAAUGGCACGCUAUCGGGAAGGCGGUGGUACAAGCUUCGGUGUUGAAUAACACUAAGGCUUUGGAAGCGGUAGAUAAUAAUGACUCUUCGGAUCAUUUGCAAGUUACAUCUGUUAAAGCUGUUGAGGUGAAGUCUGCUCUGACGGAGCGUGCUCAAGUUGAGCAGACCACGGGAGAGCAGAAGUCUGGGAAUUCCUUUGCCCCUUUGGUGACGACGGAGCAAUCAAGCGAGAUGGCUGACCUAACAGUUUACGGGCCGGAUACGGCUGUUUUGAAGCAGAUUAUUCAGCCAGCUAAUAGUGACGAGGAGGUGGACGAGGAUCUUGAGAUGGAGACCCCGUCUGGGAAGAAUGUUAAAGACUCUCCUACUCCAGAUUUUGCAAGUCGUAUUAAUCGGUUAGAGGAGCAGGUUAGCCAGGGAAUACAAUUUCUUGUUGACCAAGCACCGCCUAAACGACGGGGACGUCCUCCAAAGGGUAUGGAGCGCCCGCGCGUCCAACAACCUUUGGAAGAUAGCAUAAAGAAUCGACUCCGUCAUGCGGAGGAAAUGGGUUAUAAGCCGAGGGAGUUUGUUAUAGAUAAUAGCAGAAGUGCUAGUAUCUGUGCUAUGAAUAAUAUCUCCAAAGGACGUUGGUCGGAUGAAAUGGAGAUGGACGACUUCUGCAACAACAUGGAUCAUUCUUGAGAUUGAGUUUCUGUACGCUGAAGUUUUAGGCUUCUUGCGUUUCCUCUUUUUUGUUUUUUUCUUUCUUUUGACAAGCUCCUUCUCGAGCCUCGGGCACCUUGUUUGCGUACUUGUGCUUUCACUGGUUUUUCCUUUAUCUUUUUAAUAAAACUACAAUUUAAUA